AUGAGGACUAAAAGACCCUUGCUAUCCCCUCUCGUAGGCAUUCCACAAGCACAGGAGCCACGCCUAGUUACUAUUGAGGAAGAAAGCUGCAUCCAGCUCACUCCCCUCGACACAGCAUUAUGGGAACCAGUACCUGCUAUGACUUCCAAAGCGAUUGAAGACAAGAGGCACACAUCGCGUUCUGCCACAGCUCCUACUAUUGAAAUUGCUGCCAAAGCCGCUGAGAAUAUACACUUGAGAGGUAGUUCCGCCGGUGAGACUAUCGACAUAGGAUGUACUCCCGUAGAGAGGGGGUCUGCUGACUCCAAUGAGUCUGCUGUCAUACGCAUACUUGAUCACGAUAUGCAACCCAGUGAGCAGGCUGUCAGUAUCGGGCUGGCCGUCUCACCCAUGCCACUCAAUGGCAGCCUGUGCCCAGCAGAGGUGCCCAGCAUAAGCCAAGUAGAAGAGUCCCCGUUGGCCCGCGCUGCUGCUGUCCAGGGGAUCAACAGGGCCAUCAUUCUAGGACCGCUGCUUCACGGACGGCCCGUUAGAUCGGCAGAGCUUUCACAUCAGUGCUUGAGGGGAAGGACGGUCAGCAAAUUGUAUAGUCUUCGUAAACUUUCUACCGUUCUCAGUGCCACCCUCGCUACAUACACAGAUACAUCAGAUGAUUUGCCACAAAUAUAA